UAAUGCACCUUUAGUCGGAUGCCAUCCGCCAUAAAAUCCCAAUAAGAAGAAGAAGAAGAGGAGGCACUCGUCUACCCUGUCCCGUGUCGUCUAUGGAGGCCGGCCGUGAAGUGGUCUGUGGGGGGUUUACAACCGUCCCUCUCUCGGAGUCGGACUUCCCCGGCCAGCCGUACUCCGUGUCGGUCCUUAAAUCCGGAUACUGUCGCCCCCAGACCGACGGGUCGUUCCGGGCCGACGGGACCAUCACCCUCAUCACGGGACCCAGGACCGUCCUGGUGGACACCGGCGGGCCGUGGGACCGGGACUUCCUCCUGAGGACCCUGAGGGAGAGGGGUCUGGGCCCGGGGGACAUCGACGUGGUCGUGGGGACUCAUGGACACUCGGACCACGUCGGGAAUCUGAGUCUCUUCCAAACCGCGCUGAUGAUCGUCGGAUAUGACGUCAGCGAAGGGGACGUGUACCGGCCCAACGGGCUGGCGGCAGGGCACGCGCACUGCAUUGACGAGCACGUGUCCGUCGUUCCCAGUCCGGGCCACACGGGACAACACGUCAGCGUCCAGGUGACGGGAACCUCGGCCGGCACGGUGCUCGUUGCCGGGGACUUGUUUGAGUGCUGCUCCGAUGAGGACAGCUGGCGGGAUCUGAGCAUGGACACCGCAGUGCAGGAGGUGAGCCGCCAGGAGGCGCUGCGCACCGCCGAUGUCAUCAUCCCGGGACACGGACUCCCUUUCAGAGUCCUCAGGAACUCCUGAAAAAUAUAUAUAUAUAUUUCAGUAUUUGAACACUGUGUGCUUCUAGAUGAGAAAACAAUAACGAAAAAACAAGAAAAGGAAACACAAAUACAGACCACGCGUACGAGGGAGAUGUAAAUGCAUCUUGUUUAUUGAGUAUUUAUGAUGUAUUUUUCCAGUUAUUUGAGAAGUCUUUGUUUGUUUCACUGUGAUAUUUGUUUGUAUAAUAAAUUCAGCUGAUGAAACGAA